CGGGCGGCGAACACCUGGCGAGCUGAACCAAAAGUUGCGCACUAGACUUCACCCGCAAUGUAACUUUUAGUGCCGUGAAAUAAUUAUGCAAGACAACAAACCGGAUUACUUUUAUCAGCGGAAUCCCAAGGACAUCAUGUCUUCUGCUGUCCCUCGAUCAGGAUUUGUGGUCUUCUGCGUGCUUCUAGUAGUGACUCUCGCCCUAUACCCUGUUCUGAGGACACUAGGGGUUCAAAUUUACUCUGCCUUCACAGGAAAAUAUGUGUCAGGAUAUCACUCACUGUUGCUUGUCAACUGUCCUACUGAACAAACUGCCAGAGACAUUGGAAGAAUCAUCAUGGAGAAAAGGCUGGCAGCAUGUGUGAAUAUAUUUCCUCGUACUGCCACAAUGUACUACUGGAAAGGUGAGAUUAGGGAUGCCACAGAAAUACUACUGCUUGUGAGGACAAAAACAUCUCUUGUGCAGAGACUUAUGACUUAUAUAACAGCCAUCCACCCAUAUGACAUCCCAGAAAUCAUCACUUUUCCCAUUAAUGAUGGAAGCCAGCACUACUUGAAGUGGAUAGCAGAAGCAGUAACUGACAGUUGACUUCUCAAUGUCCCACAAUGUCUUCUGUGGGAACUCAGUUUGCAGAAACAUAAAGGGAUUAAUGGAGCACAUGCAAGCACAAAUUCUCAGGUUAAUGAAAACCCUGGACCUUACAGAAAAACGAUAAAUGAAUGUUAUUAAUAUGAAGAUCACGGUAUACAUUAACUGGAUGAGUUUUUAUGGAAAGAGAUUUUUCUGAUGUGGUUACACUAGUCCAUUUAUGCAUUUAGCGGAUGCUUUUCAUUCAAAUAGAGGAACAAUAGCAACUUGCAAUUAUUGCAACAUUAUCCACAGUUUACAAAACCAUGUUUGUCAGACAAACUUAAGCAGGGAAAUGCACAGCAAAAAGUGAUUUAAUAAAGAAAAAAAGAAAAAGAAAAAAACAUUUUGACAAUUUCAAGAUGAGUCUUUUUUAAAAUGGUCUGUUUCAGUGACCUGAGAUAUUGCAUAUACAGUAAGUUAUGCAUACUUAUGUACUACUUAAUCACUAGUAUAUUUAUUGAUUCUUUGAUUGAUGUGAACAGCUUUAUAAUAAUAAUUAGAACUUAAUUUAACAGUAAAACAAUUUACUGUUUAUUAUAUUUACAAUUUAAUUGUUAAAAUAUGCUCAUUUGUAUAAGGUACCUUAUGUCCAGUUGUUUGGUCGUUCCAAUGUGGUGGUUGGGCAGAUUAUUAUUUUUUUUGUUUCUCAAAUAAUACAUUAAUAUAACAAUUUUUUUUUUCAACUUUGACUACAUGAAUUGAACAUUAUUGAAUGUGCUACAGUAUGUUUGUUGAUGAUUUUUAUUGUAUUAUGCUGUAAAUGUUGAUUCUCACUAUUGUAUAAACGUGAAUGUGGGGAAAAUGAAAUAAAAACACACUGUGUACCUGAACUUUA